AUGGCUUUAUUAUGUCUAUCUUUAAGAUUUCUUGCUGCAACUAGUCUUCCUAUUUCAACGUAUAACAUGGGCUUAAAAUUUUUUAUAAAAAUUUUUAUAAAACUGGUUAAGAAUUUGAUUAAAGCUAGUUAG